AUGGGGAUAGCUGUGCUCUUAGUUGCACCUCAGAAACUAAAUGAGUGUCAGGCUGCUGUUAAUGGUUGUCUACCAGAUGAAGAAGCCAUCCAGUUGAUAACGCCAGAAGGUAAGUCUCUGAAAGAAGCACAAAUAGGAAGCAAAUUGAUCAGGGUAGUGACAACAGAUGCAGACGUAAGGAACUUCUAUUACAUCACGAUGCUGAGGGAUCCCGUGUCACGGUACUUGAGUGAAUGGAAGCAUGUUCAGAGGGGUGCAACGUGGAAAACCUCCCUUCACAUGUGUGAUGGAAGAAGCCCAACACCAGACGAGCUGCCUACCUGUUACGAAGGGGACGACUGGUCUGGGGUCAGUUUACAGGAAUUCAUGGAUUGUAGCUACAACUUGGCCAACAACCGCCAGGUGCGCAUGCUGGCAGACCUGAGCCUGGUGGGCUGCUACAACCUGACUUUUAUGAAUGAGAGUGAAAGAAAUAUGAUUCUUCUCCAAAGCGCCAAGAACAAUCUGAAAAAUAUGGCCUUCUUUGGGCUCACGGAAUUUCAGAGGAAAACGCAGUAUCUCUUUGAGAGGACAUUCAACCUGAAAUUCAUUUCCCCGUUCACGCAGUUCAACGUUACGCGGGCCUCCAACGUGGACAUAGGUGAGGAUGUGCGGCAACGGAUAGAGGAGCUGAAUUUCUUGGACGUACAGCUGUAUGAAUAUGCGAAGGACCUGUUCCUGCAGCGCUUCCAGUACUCCAAGCAGGAGGAGCAUCAGAAGAACCGGCUAAAGAGGCGAGAGGAGCGGCGGCUGCUGAGGGAGCAGAGAGCUCACCAGUCACCAAGGGAAGAGGCAGCAGAAGUAGCCGUUACUGAAGAUUAUAAUAGUCAGGUUGCAAGGUGGUGAUGCUCCUCCGUCUUGGCUAACUGAUGAGAGGAUCAGAGAAUUUGUGCAACUUGGCUACCUGGGAAUUAGCCAAGGAAGGCCCAUGCUUUGGUAAAUGAGACCGCAUCUGACAACUAGCUACCCCUCCUUGACACAGUUUUUCUUGGUUUCUGCCAGUGAGGAGAAUGUAUUUUUUUCUCAAUAGGCAUUGAUUAGUGUUAUUAAAUGACAGUAGAAUAGAUUCCUGUCCAAAAAGACUUCCUUCAAAGCCCUUAGCUAUGAGGAUGGGUUGAAGAG